AUGCUUUCUAUUGAACAUAGGUAUAAUAUCUGUCUUAUGGCAGAGAGACAUCCCAAAUGGACACAAUUGGAUUUAGCCAGAUGGGCAUAUGAGGCAUUUCAACUGCCCAAAAUACCAUCACAGGGAACUAUUUCACGAUUAUUAGCCAAGAAGGAUGUCUAUAUGAACUGUAAGGACAGUGAAAAAUGUGCGAAUAGAAUUAGGAAACCCAAUAAUCUACUGGUAAGAAGAAUUUUACAGGAAUGGGUAUCACAGAGCAUAUGGAAUGGUAUACCUGUAACGUCACCCAUCCUACAGGAUACUGCACAAUCCGUUUGGUAUCGAAUACCUGCAGAACAUAGAGAGGGCAAUGGCUGCUUUUCAUACAAGUGGAUCACGAAUUUUUUGGCCAAGAUGAGUGUUAAUAUCUCGAGUAUGGAGGAACAGACACCGAAACCGCCCAAGGUAUGGACUUUUGAAGAGAGGAACGAACUGAAAGAAUACUUUAGUCAGGUCCCACCUAGAGAUAUUUUCACUCUGGAUGAAACUUUUUUGGCUUAUAAUUUACCGCUAGACUAUGCGCAGUACGAGGCAAGUCAAAUGCAGAGAAAGAUUGAAGUGGCCACUGUAAUGCUAUGCUGUAAUCUAGAUGGAUCGGAGAAGCUGAAGCCCCUAGUUGUUGGUAAAUAUAACAGCUAUAGAAGCUUUAGGAACUAUUUUCCAGAGGAACCGCAGGAUCCCGUGUCACAAUCGCUAUUAGGUGGGAAAAUGGCAAGAAGAUUUGGAAUUUCGUAUCACAGUAAUAGAAAAUCAUGGUUGACAAGCAAUCUUUUCCACGACUGGCUGGCUCGUUGGGAUAAAAGACUGGUAGCUGAUAAUCGGAAAAUAUGGAUUGUAUUAGAUGACUCUUGUUCUCACAGAAUUAUCAAUUUACAUUUGAAAAACAUCGAAUUGGUUUAUACCUCUGCGAACUCAAGAUUCUUACCCUUUAACUGGGGGGUUUUAGAUGAAUUCAAGACAAGGUAUAGAAUCCAACAGUACCAAGCUUUGAUCAGUUUACAAAAGCAGUUGGAGAAGAAGUAUCAUCGUAAGGUACUGAUAAGUUUUGAGCAAAGUCAAUUGACCAUGUCAAAUGCAUUCAAAUUCGUUAGAGAAGCCUGGAAAUCAAUUCCUUUGGAGACUAUUAGAGGUAACUGGAAAAGUGCAGGUAUUCUACCAGCAGAAAUGAUCCAAACUGAUGAAAGCGUUAGUAUGGCUUUUAAGAAAAAUGAAGUUUUAGAAGCAAGACUUAAUGAGCUUUGUAAUAAAUUUUAUUGCUCGAAAAAAUGGGAUCAUGACAUGUUAUUGGAUUUAAAUUUAGAGAAUAAAAAUACAAAUUUUCUGAGCACAGAAGAAUUGGUGGAAAGUGCAAUAGUCGAUCCAAUUGAGCCAGAUUCACAAGACGAUAAACUUAAUCGUAAUAAUAAUAACGCUCUCCCAUAUUCUUACAAUCUUGAUAUAAUUACAGAUGGUAACGUUGGAAUUAAUGUUGGUGACAUUGCAGAUAAUUCAGAAUCGGAUGAAGAAGAUGCUGAUAAAACUUACACGAGAAAUGACGUUCAAACGGCCGAGAAGGCCAUAGAAUAUGCUAUUAACGCCGGUGAAACUUCACUGAUAGGUAGUACAAAUGACAACGGCGAAAUGGACACAGGUUAUGAAGUUAACAUUGAUAAGUUUUUGGGUGAGGAUUUUACAUCUAAAGAUAGCCAACAGGGGAAAAUGUACAAUGUUAGCACUUUGAUAGACAAGCCCAAUUUGUUUAUGAGUGAAAAUGGGGAAUUAGAUUUGAGAAAUGUAGGGAUUGACACUUCAAUGGUUCCAUCAGAAUAUUUCAACGAUGUGUUUUCAGCUUCAAUUCAAGAUCAACCUAGCGGGACCAGCAUUCCUAGUACGAAUCAAGCUACCACUAAUAUGGCAUCUCAAAAUAUAGGACCAGCUUACGCUACUGCUACCACUACGGAAGCUACUGAUACUACCAAUACGUCAGUACCCAGUGCUACUUCCCAAAGUCAAGUCUCCUCUGCUACAGCAAUCCCUCCAUUCGAAGAUCCAACGUUAAAUCACAUACUCAACGAUCCAGUUGUACCAGAUAGACCUCCAGCGACCUCACCCCUAAACGAUUUCACAAUCGAUACAACUUCCCUCCAAAACCUGCAGUCAAAUAUCAACAUUGCUCAGGCGUUAGGAAAUGUCCUAAAGCAUACAGAAUCAAGAGAACUGGCUUUCUCUGAAUCUACGAUUAACGAGAUGAAGUUCAACUAUAAUACUCUUUUGUCCAAGAUUCACAAGACGAGGAAAAAUUUAAGUAUUUCGAAGGUUAGACGUGGACAAGUCCAAUUGGAACGGUUUCUAACUAAUGCCAAUAAUCCGAGCCCCAGCGGUUCUGAGGCUUCUUCCACUCAUAAUAUUCAGGGCCAAGUAAAUUUGCAGCUGCCCGGUAAUGCUACCUUUUUCUAA